UGGUCCGAACAUGCUACAUGAAGAAAUGAUCUAGCGAAUUCUAUCGCUAGAAAGGCUCCAAAUUUCCCUCAAAAACAGACGGAAAAACAAUAAGGCUCCAAAUUACAAACCCUAAUUCUUCUAUCUUCGUUACCGAUCGAAGAAAUGUCGCACUUUGGAAGAUCUGGGCCGCCGGAUAUCAGAGACACAUUCUCUCUCCUCGUCCUCAACAUCACUUUCCGUACUUCAGCUGAUGACUUGUUCCCCCUAUUUGACAAGUACGGCAAGGUGGUCGAUGUGUUCAUUCCUCGAGACCGGAGAACUGGAGACUCCAGGGGUUUUGCUUUUGUGCGAUAUAAGUAUCAAGACGAGGCUAAAAAAGCUGUUGAGAAGCUAGAUGGAAGAGUUGUUGAUGGGCGAGAAAUAAUGGUUCAAUUUGCAAAGUAUGGACCCAAUGCUGAGCGAAUUGAUAAAGGUAGAAUUGAGGAACCUGUUUACAAGUCUAACGGCAGGUCAAGAAGCCGCAGUCCUCGUCCAAGGGGUGAUGACAGGGAUCGGGAUUACAGGAGGAGCAGCCACAGUGGCAGAGGAAGAAGUGAGCGCGAGUCUCAUCGUGGCAGGCACAGGGAUUCUCGCUAUCGAAGCAGGAGCCGGUCUCGGAGCCGAAACCGUAGUGUAAGUCCUGGCUAUCGCAGAGAACGUGGUAGAGGAAAAUAUGAUGAUGGUGAGAGACGUAGAAGAAGUCGUUCUUAUGGAAGUGCAUCUCCUGUUCGUCGAAGUCUCAGUCCUCGGAGAACUCCUUCCCCAAACAAAUCACCUCCAUCCAGGGAAGGAAGUCCUGAUGUUCGUAGUGCCAAAAUCGAACGAUCUGCCAGCCCCCCUAAGAGUCUCUCUCCUCGUGGCCGUCGUGAUUCUCGAAGCCCGUCUCCACGUGAUGAGGCUGAUGAAUAAUGGAUUGGCAGCAUCUGCUUUCUUGAGUAAUUUGACCUAUCAUCAUAUGGUGGUUGCUAUCAAUGCUUUUCUGGAAGAUCUUUCAUCAGUUUGAAUACCUAUGCGUUGUACUAGACUUGUUUUGUUGUUUUACGUUAGAUUCUGCUCCAGACUAAUGGUUUGGUAUCAGUCUAAACUCUAUUAUCUUUCUUAGGUGGAUUGAGCUUUAUUUGGUAGAUUUCCAUUUCCUAAUUUGAAUGUGUGCCAUUGAACAUCUCACUCAUAUGAAGUCUUUAUUUGCCUUCUAUAGUUUGUGAACGUGAGGUAGUUGCUGAUUGGCAAGAUGAUGCAGCAGUUAUCGAUGCUGUUUUUAGAUGAUGCCGUAGGUGUUGAUGCUGCUUUUACAUUGCUGUUGAUUGUUAUGAUUUCUUGCUGGUGAUGAUGAUAUAAGGUUUGUGUACAGCUCUCUGAGCAUGUCAUUAUCUGUGAGGAUAAUAGGUAUAUAUGCUUGUUAUUCUAUAAUCACUUUUGACUUCCCAUUAUAAUCUCUAACAUCACUUCUUUGUGGGAUUUGAUUUUGCUGAUAACAUUGUAAGACUUCUCGACGAUGGUAAGAUGUGAACUUGCUAGGUUAUUCACAAUUUUUGCUCUUUCAAAUUUGUGCUUUGGAGAUUUUGAUUCAUUGGUUGUGAACAUUACCUCACUUUGUGCUGAUAUUGGUUACUUUGUUACAGCACAUGAGAUUGUGGCUGUAGCUGUGAGGUACCGGUUGUAGAUCGAUUGUUGCUGAUAGCUAUAAAAGCUGAUGCUUCUUUUUGAUGAAUGGUUUUAGUAGCUGUGUUGCAGUUGGAAUGGCAUCCAAUCCUUAUUUGUUUACCUCACCUUUUUUGUUGUUCCAUUGUGUACAUAAAUUAGUCUUAUCUCAGCCCAAUUUUUUAUUGCAAGCUUUUUGUGUGAUAUGAAUACUCCUUUUGGUUUCUUUUCUAUUUGAUUAAUCAUUGGAUAAA